AAUAUGUUUAAGGUUGUGUUUUGAUAAAACGGAAGAGGCGAAUUUCUAGUAGCAUUUUAAGGUUUCAUUUGCAUUUAAAACAAAUUCAUGUAUUAUAAAAUGUAGGAUACGUUUCCUCGUAUCCAUCUACUUAAUUUAGGAUAACAAUAAAGGGUGUGAGACAGUUAAAUAUUGAAAAUGGCCAGUGCUUCAUUAUUACCCAAAACUUUCACUUCUAUUGGUGGCAAAGCCCUACCUACCAACUCACAACAAAACAUUCAGUCAAAAUUUAAAGAGAUUACAGUUCCACCAGGAAAUACUCCUCAAGAUGUUAAAGAAGGCCCCAGUCACCAAUCAAAUCCAAACCAUUUGGCUUCUCUUCAAAAGGCCAUUGAAACUAUGGAAGAGAAGGGCUUACAAGCUGAUCCUAGAUAUUCACAGUUACUUGCAUUGCGAGCUAGCAUUCCUGGGGCAGAAGAAAAUGGUUCUCCCUUCUCAAACAACCAAAUCAAGCAAUUAAGAAACCAAAUAAUGGCUUACAGGUGUUUGGCAAGAAAUCAACCUGUUCCAAACAAUUUAGUAUUAGGUUUGCAUGGAAAAACUCCUGAAAAAGUUCCACAUAUUGUACCUCCACCGCAACCUCAAGAAGUACCUAAUGGGGGCGAUCCAGGACCUUCAACAAGUUCUGCUGCUGCUGUAGCUCCUAGAACACCACAAAAGCUGCCAGCAAAACCAAUUGAGGCUCAGCUUGUCAACAGAGAACCAAGAGUCACUACUUUAUCUAAACCAUCUUCCAUAGACCCUGUUGUUCUAUUACAAGAACGAGAAAACAGGGUAGCAGCUCGUAUAGCAGCGAGGAUUGAACAAGUCAGUAAUCUGCCGACUGAUAUGUCUGAGGCAUUACGUAUUCGGGCACAAAUAGAACUCAGAGCUUUGAGAUGUCUAAACCUCCAGAGACAACUUCGUAGUGAGGUUUUGAGCUGUAUUCGACGGGACACAACAUUAGAAACAGCAGUAAAUGUAAAAGCGUUUAAACGGACCAAACGUCAAGGUCUUCGAGAAGCUAGAGCAACAGAAAAACUUGAGAAACAACAAAAGCUGGAAGCAGAGAGAAAGAAACGCCAGAAGAACCAAGAGUUCUUAAACAAUGUGAUGGCACACGCUAAAGAUUUCAAAGAAUUCCACAGGCAGAACCAAGCAAAACUUUCUAAACUUAAUAAAGCUAUUCUUACUUAUCACGCUAAUGCGGAGAGAGAACAAAAGAAGGAACAAGAGAGAAGAGAAAAGGAACGUAUGAAGAAAUUGAUGGCAGAAGAUGAAGAAGGUUAUAGACAGUUGAUCGAUCAAAAGAAAGACAAACGUCUAGCGUUCUUGCUUUCCCAAACAGAUGAAUAUAUCAGUAACUUAACAGAGAUGGUGAAAAUGCACAAAGUCGAACAAAGUAACAAGAAGCGGGAAGAAGAACGACGGAAGAGAAGGCAAGACAAAAUGCAGCAGCCUGACAGGAAAGUCACAGUUAUCGAAAUGGCUACUGGGAAUAAGGUUAGUGGAGAAAACGCUCCGACUGUCCAGGAACUUCCUGAAUGGUUACAGACUCAUCCUGGUUGGGAGAUGAUAGAUACAGAAGACGAGGACGAGAAUGACGAAUAUAGAAUGGACGAUUAUGAAGAAAAUAAUCAAGUCGAUGCUACAGAAAUCAUUCAGAAAGCCAAGGUUGAGGAUGACGAAUAUCACAAGAAUGCCACAGAGGAACAGACGUACUACGGUAUUGCACAUACAGUGAGCGAGUCAGUAUCAGAACAGGCCUCCAUUAUGAUAAACGGUGAACUGAAAGAGUACCAGGUCAAAGGACUGGAAUGGAUGGUAUCCUUGUACAACAACAAUCUUAAUGGUAUCCUAGCAGACGAGAUGGGUUUGGGUAAGACUAUUCAAACCAUUGGCCUGAUCACCUACUUGAUGGAGAAAAAAAAGUUGAAUGGGCCAUUUUUGAUCAUUGUGCCGUUAUCCACUAUAUCUAAUUGGAUGUUGGAGUUCGAAAAAUGGGCUCCUUCUGUUGUGGUCGUCUCCUACAAAGGCUCACCUGGUCACAGGAAAUUGCUUCAGGGUCAGAUGAAGUCAGCAAAAUUCAAUGUUCUUCUUACUACUUAUGAAUAUAUCAUUAAAGAUAAGGGAAUUCUUUCAAAAGUACCGUUUAAGUAUAUGAUCGUGGACGAGGGUCACAGAAUGAAGAACCAUCAUUGCAAGUUGACCCAGACUUUGAACACUCACUACGCAGCUCCUUUCCGCCUUCUCUUAACCGGUACUCCUCUACAAAACAAACUACCAGAACUGUGGGCGUUGCUUAACUUCUUACUUCCGUCUAUUUUCAAGAGUUGUUCCACUUUCGAGCAAUGGUUCAACGCCCCUUUCGCAACCACGGGAGAAAAGGUUGAACUUAACGAAGAAGAAACCAUCCUUAUCAUCCGACGUCUUCACAAAGUCCUGCGACCUUUCCUCUUAAGACGUCUCAAAAAGGAAGUAGAGUCUCAGCUUCCCGACAAAGUCGAAUACAUUAUCAAAUGCGAGAUGUCCGGUUUGCAAAAAGUGUUGUACCAACACAUGCAGAGCAAGGGAGUUCUGCUCACCGACGGGUCCGAAAAGGGUAAUAGGGGCCGAGGUGGAGCUAAGGCUAUCAUGAAUACCAUCAUGCAACUGCGGAAGCUGUGUAAUCAUCCUUUCAUGUUCCAAAUGAUCGAAGAAAAGUAUUGUGAAUAUGUAGGCAUGGGUGGGGGACUCACAUCAGGGCCGGAUAUAUACAGAUCUUCUGGUAAAUUUGAACUUCUGGAUCGGGUAUUGCCAAAGCUCAAGGCGACUGACCACAGAGUCCUACUGUUCUGUCAAAUGACGACGUUGAUGAACAUCAUGGAAGACUACUUCAUUUGGAGAGGUUACAAAUAUCUUCGUCUGGAUGGUAUGGUAAAAGCGGAAGAUCGGGCGGAACUACUCAAGAAGUUCAAUGACAAACAAAGCGAAUAUUUUGUGUUUCUAUUGUCAACAAGAGCAGGAGGUCUUGGACUCAACUUGCAAAGUGCUGAUACUGUUAUCAUCUUUGAUUCUGACUGGAAUCCUCACCAGGAUUUACAAGCUCAAGAUCGUGCCCAUCGUAUAGGCCAGCAAAAUGAAGUCAGGGUCCUACGUUUAAUGACAGUUAAUUCAGUGGAAGAAAGAAUCUUAGCUGCAGCUAAAUACAAACUUAUAAUGGACGAGAAAGUAAUCCAAGCUGGUAUGUUCGAUCAGAAGUCUACAGGCUCAGAGAGACAUCAGUUUUUGCAGAGUAUUUUACACCAUGACGGAAGCGACGAAGAAGAGGAAAACGAAGUUCCUGAUGACGAAACAGUGAACCAGAUGUUGGCCCGAAGGGAAAACGAAUUUCAGCUUUUCCAGAAGAUGGAUCAGGAAAGAAAGGAAGAAGAUGAAAAGACCGGAAAGUCGCGACUUAUUCAAGAAAGCGAAUUGCCCGAAUGGCUGUUGAAGCAAGACGAUGAAAUCUACUCGUGGGGCCUUGAUGAUCCAGAUGCUGUUUUAGGAAGGGGUAGUAGGCAAAGAAAAGAAGUUGAUUAUGUUGACAGCCUGACGGAGAAAGAGUGGCUUAAGGCUAUUGACGAAGAGGGAGAAUUUGAGGAAGAACAAGAAGGUGAUAAAGAAGGUCUCAGAAAGAAAAGAGGGAGGAAGAGGAAGAAGCGCGAUGAUGACGAAGAGGCAAGCCAAAUUAAGAGAAGAAAGGUGCAUCUAGCCGAGAUCAAGAUGAAGAAAAAGAUGAAGAGGCUUAUGGAAGUUGUUGUGAACUACAGGGACAGGGAUGGUAGAGUAUUGAGCGAACCGUUUAUGAAACUUCCAUCAAAGAAGGAGUUACCUGAGUAUUACGAUACGAUUAAGAAACCUAUUGAUAUUGAAAAAGUCGUUGCCAACGUAGAAGAAGGAAAAUAUUUCACGAUGCACGAUUUGGAAAGAGAUUUCGACUUGCUGUGCCAAAACGCCCAACAAUACAACGAAGAAGACUCCAUGAUCUACGAGGACAGCCUCGUUCUUCGACAGGUGUUUAGAAGCGCGAGGGAAAAGAUCGACGGUACCUCAGACCACGACGACAACGCCGAUGGACCGGCGGUGGCUCAGAUCAAACGACCUCGUGGUAGACCUCGAAAACACAAGAGACCCGAAGAGAUCGAGGCCGAAGCGGCGGCUCAGAAAGCUAUGGAGGAGGCAUCGAAGCUGAGAGCUCAAGCUGAGGCGGAAGAGCUUAGAUCUAAGGUGGAGGAGGCAUCUCAGAGAGCCAAAGAGGAAGCGAAAGCAAGGGAGGAAGCCAAAGCUAGGGAAGAAGCCGAAAUCGAGAACAUGGAGGAGAUUCCCACAAGCACAUGAUCUAUAGAGCAACCGGAAACAAAAAGGCAAAAAAGAAAUAUUAUAUAGAAAAGAUGUACAUGUUCAAUGGAGAUACAUUUUCGCCGAGUUACAACGGGUAAUGCUUUUACAACGGAUAUUUUGACGUAUGAAUGUUGACGUUCAGAUGAAGUAUAUUUAUAAAAUAAUCCAGACCUUUACGUUUUGGUUGAUUUGUUUUCUGUAUUGUUCAGUUUAUUGAACAACCAUUAAUAGCAGCUUACCUAAAUGAUUUAGAAAAGCAUCUGAGUUAUUUAGAUAAGUUUUGAGAUUAUAUUUAUUAACUUUAAUAUUACUAUCUUUAUUAUAGCAUAUUGUAAUUAUUUUUUCCUGUCCUUCUUUCGUUGUGUGGUAGAUAAUCCGAGAGUCAACAGUUAUAAGCAAAUGAAAUUCAGUUAAACCUCAAAUGUACAAAAUGAUCAAAUUAAUGUUUACAAUUUAUUUUUUUACCACGCACAUUCACUAUUACUAUUGUCAGUCAUUGAGAUAUCAUUUUAUAUAGCUCCAUGUCUGUCUUCCUCAAUUUACAGAGAAGCAAUUAGACAAGUAAUGACAUAAUAUGGUGCUGAAAUAAUGUGCUUGAUAGUGAUGUUCACAAAGUAACUAUUCGUUACAAAGUACUCGUUACUUACAAAUACCGAAACUAACGAUUACUAUACAGAGAGGCAAAUCGUUACUUUGAUUACACUGAUUACUUCGUAUCAAUCGUAUCAGAGCGAGUAACGACUAUUCUAUCUACUUUGAUUACUCUGAUUACUUCGUACCAAUCGUAUUCGAGCGAGUAACGACCAUUGUAUCUACUUUCAUUACUUUGAUUAUUUCGAUACUUCGUACCAAUCGUAUCAGAGCGAGUAAUGACUAUUGUAUCUAGUUUGAUUACUCUGAUUAGUUCGUUAUUUCGUGCCAAUCGUAUCAGAGCGAGUAACGACUAUUGUAUCUACUUUGAUUACUCUGAUUACUUCGUACCAAUCGUAUCAGAACGAGUAACGACUACGACUAUUGUAGUUGUUAUAUCGGAAUAUACAAAAACUAUACAAAAUACCUACCUACUGAGAAAUACGAUUCUGGAUAUGAUUACCGGUAUUCAAAUACAAAAGUAACAAAAGUAAUCAUAGUAAUCAAAGUAACGAAUACUGUAAAAAAUGAUUACUUUAUACAAAAUAGCUACCUACUGAGAAAUACGAUUCUCGUACUCUCUACUGAGAGUAUAUCGUUCAUUCAAGGAAUGAGGAAAACAAAGAAAACAUUGACGAACAUGAAAACAUUUUUUACAAGAUGGGGCAAAUGAUCAGAUGUUAUCAGCAAAACAUAGUGAAAAAAGUGUAAAAAAUGGCGGAAUCGGUAUGUGGUCAAUUACGCGAGUUCUGUUUGAAGAGUUCAGACUGGUCAAUUUUCAAAGCGCGGCUAGGAAACUAUUUCGCAGCAAACGGUGUCAAAGACAAUACGGACGCAGAUAAGAUGAGAGCUAUUUUAUUAAACGCUUUAGAGGAGAACGCAUAUCAGCUUAUUUUCGAUCUGGUAAGUCCUGAAAAACCAGAAGAAACAACGUAUAAUCAGCUUCUUGCCACAUUGGACGGGUAUUUCAAACUACAGCAGAGUCCGUUUGCAGCGCGAUUUAAAUUUUACAGUGCACAGAAAGACGUGACAGUAUCGGCGAGUGAGUGGGCUGCACGCUUAAGAGGAUUAGAGGUAGGCUGUGAAUUCGACAGCGAGUGAAAAGUAUGUCUAAGAGACAGAUUUUUGUUCGGUUUCGGCAAGUGACCCGUGUUGGACCGGCUUAUGGAAGAAGAUGCAAGCGACGAUCUCGAAAAUAUAGUCAGUUUAGCAGCUUCCAAGAUGGCUGCCAGAGAAAUCCACUAGGAAAUGAUAAGGGUUAAGCCUAAGUCAGAACCUCUUAACCACGUCAGCUCUGAAGGUGUACGAAGGUGCGCGAAGGUACGAUGCGCAGCGACGUUGGAGCAACGCGCAGACUCCAAGGAAAUGGGAAACUACAGAGACGCAGAGAGCAGAAAAUGAGGAGCAGCACAGACGUUACGCGCAUGACAUUCAACCUCAACAACGUCAAAAUGAGCAUUGACACCGCGCGAAAUACAAAUAACCUAAACCCAGUAUAUCACACAUUCCUUUACGUUUUCAAUAUUUCAUAUUUCGAUGACUUAGUUGUCAGUUUAAAUAGAAUAUUUUACAUUUGAUUGAAAAUAAAAAUCUCGUCUGAGAAUAAUGACGAACAUAUUUGAAAUUUUAGAACUCGGGCGACUUUAGCUGAAUAAUUGCAACCAAUCCUCGAAUUACAGUAACAUCAAAAUGUAUCCCUGUUGAUCAUGUUUAUAAUAAAGAGUAGCGUUUCGUAUAAGAGUAGUAAGUUGUAUACAUUUUUUUAUAACAGUAUUGCUGUGUAAUGACAUUUAGAAUCUAUCCGUAGUUAUAGGUUGUGGACUGAACCAUUUCGUUUUCGUAAGCUGUAUGUUUUAUACGACUAUUUAUUGUCCUUUAUAGAAAUACAUAAUAGAUUCCAAAACAAGAA